CGGAAACACCGCUCAAACAGAAGCCUCCGGCGAGCUUCUCCCUCCUAAACAAAAAAAACUCUCUCUGGUAUGCUGUCUCUUCUUCUCUUUCGAUUGUUCCACUUGGUAAUCUUAUUAGUGGUCUUGUGCCAAAGUGUGAUUUGAAUAGAGCCAUUUUAACGAACUCUUGAACUUGUAAUUAUUAUCAGCUUUAGUGUUUGUUCCUCAAUGGCAAUAUGUAAAUCCUAUAGUUGUUCUUGCCUCUCUCUGUAGUUAUCUAAAGUUGUGUCCUUUUUCUUCCAUAAAUCUCAGUGCUACCUAUAAUGAACCGCUUCUCUCGUGCUCGUUCAUACAUUUCCUUGGUGCUGUUUAGGAAGUCCAGCUAUGUCACUUCCCACAUUCCAUGGAAUCAGUGCUUCUAUACAUCUUUAAAAUCUAGUUUAAAGCCUGCAAGUGUGAGUGUAUCUAGUGUUCAUUGCUAUUCCUCAAGAUCAAAGACUGCUAAAUCAAAGAUGUCAAAAAGCUCUGUUUCUGUUUCGGAUUCGGAUAAAGAGAAAGACGCCUUUUUUGUUGUUCGAAAGGGUGACAUUGUUGGAAUUUAUAAGGAUUUGAUCGAUUGUCAAGCUCAAGUUGGAUCUUCGGUUUAUGAUCCUCCAGUUAGCGUUUAUAAGGGAUACUCGUUGCUCAAAGACACCGAGGAGUGUCUUUCUACUGUUGGUUUGAAGAAACCACUCUAUGUUUUUAGAGCUUUAGACUUAAAAGAAGAUAUGUUUGGAGCUCUUACACCUUGUCUCUUCCAGGAUCAACUUCCUUCAGCUUCCAUGUCAGUUGAAAAGCUUGCUGAGCUAGAGCCAUCUGCUGAUACCUCAUAUGAAACUUGCAUUAUUGAGUUUGACGGUGCAUCAAAAGGAAAUCCCGGUCUCUCUGGCGCUGCAGCUGUACUGAAAACUGAGGACGGAAGCUUGAUUUUUAAAAUGCGUCAAGGUUUAGGAAUUGCCACAAAUAAUGCAGCUGAAUAUCAUGGAUUAAUCCUAGGAUUGAAGCAUGCUAUCGAGAAAGGUUACACGAAAAUUAAAGUGAAAACUGACUCCAAGCUAGUUUGUAUGCAGAUGAAAGGUCAAUGGAAGGUAAACCACGAGGUACUCUCGAAGCUCCACAAGGAAGCAAAACAACUUAGCGACAAAUGUCUCUCUUUUGAGAUCAGUCAUGUACUUAGGAGUUUAAACUCUGAUGCGGAUGAACAGGCAAACAUGGCUGCUCGUCUUUCUGAAGGAGAAGUUGAAGUGGCUUAAAGGAUAUUAUCGGUGAACUAGAUUUGGUCUUUUUUGUUGUUGUCCAGGCUACAUCCAAAUCUGAAUAGCUUUAUCUAACAGUGUGAGUGGUGUCUCUAAAGAGAACAACCACUAUGUAAAUAUGACUCUUGGUGGUUUUUCUGUUGUAAUAGUUGCUUACACCUAUGUAGAAAUGGAAUGGUCCCAACUUUUUUCUUUAUAAAGGAUUUAAGACGAAA